CAUACACCAAACGUCACUUCCUUUUCUCGUCCAACUUGGAACGGAUUGACAGCAAGGAAGAUUUUCCAAUCAAGACUUUUACGCUUUAACGUGUUUCUAAGCACACUGCGACAUGUUUUGAUCCGUCUAAAAACUUUAAUUAAACUUAAAAAAAUAUAAAAAAACCAAAAAAAUUAGUAAAAUUUUAUAAAAAACUAAAAAAGUCAAUUGAAACGUGGUCGACAUUGAACAAGCUGUUCUGGUAACCGCCAUUUUUACAAGCACGAGAUCGUCACCUUUCCUGUUAACUUCGCCGUAAACUACAAAAAUGAAUCCAGCAACUAACUACCCAAUGGCAUCACUUUACGUCGGUGAUCUUCAUCCCGAUGUCACAGAAGCUAUGUUGUUUGAAAAGUUUUCUACAUGUGGUCCGGUGCUGUCCAUUAGAGUUUGCCGCGACAUGAUCACCCGCAGGUCUCUUGGCUAUGCAUAUGUGAAUUUUCAACAGCCACAUGAUGCUGAAAGAGCGAUGGACACUAUGAAUUUUGACACCAUCAAGGGACGUCCCAUCAGAAUUAUGUGGUCUCAGCGUGAUCCUUCACUUCGUAAAUCAGGAGUUGGCAAUGUCUUCAUUAAGAACUUGGACAAAAGCAUUGACAAUAAAGCAUUGUAUGACACUUUUUCAGCAUUUGGAAAUAUUUUGUCUUGUAAGAUUGCAUGUGAUGAACAUGGCUCAAAGGGAUAUGGCUUUGUCCAUUUUGAGACUGAAGAAGCUGCAAGACAGUCCAUUGAGAAAGUAAAUGGAAUGUUGCUGAACGGGAAAAAAGUGUAUGUAGGUAGAUUCAUUCCCCGCAAGGAGCGUAUCAUGUUGAUGGGAGAUAAACACCGUAAAUAUAACAAUGUUUACAUUAAAAACUUUGGUGAGGAACUAGAUGAUGAAAAGCUCAGAGAAAUGUUUGAGCUGUAUGGAAAAAUUAUCAGUGCCAAAGUGAUGUAUGAUGGCUCUGGUAAAUCUCGUGGUUUUGGAUUUGUUAGUUUUGAGGAGCCAGAUGCAGCAGAAAAGGCAGUGACAGCUCUGAAUGGAAAUGAAAUGGGAGGGAAGCCAUUAUAUUGUGGACGUGCUCAGAAAAAGGCUGAACGUCAAGCUGAGUUGAAAGAAAAAUUUGAAAAAAUUAAGCUUGAGCGUAUUAACCGUUACCAGGGUGUUAACUUGUACGUAAAAAAUCUUGAUGAUGGAGUUGAUGACGAUCGUCUACGCAAAGAGUUCUCUCAGUUUGGAACAAUCACUAGCGCAAAGGUGAUGGGAGAAGGUGGAAGGUCCAGAGGUUUUGGAUUUGUGUGCUUUAGCUCACCAGAAGAAGCUACUAAAGCAGUUACUGAAAUGAAUGGCCGCAUUAUUGUAGCCAAGCCUCUGUACGUUGCACUCGCUCAACGCAAGGAGGACCGGCGAGCACAUCUGGCAAGCCAGCAUAUUCAAAGAAUUGCAUCAAUGCGUCAGCAGAAUGUCCAGUACAAUCCAAUCUUCAAUGCUGGUGGUGCAGGUUACUUUGUCCCCACCAUGCCACAAGCACAAAGAGGCUUUUUCACUCCAGCAAAUGUCUCCUCCAUCAGACCAACACGUGCACCAUGGACUUCAGGAGUUAGGCCAAACCAGGCAGCAGGAUUCCAAGCCAUGUCUAACCAGAUUAGGGCAAGGCCCCCAGCUGCUCAAACACAGAUGCGCCCAACAACUGUCAAUUCAAGACCUAUUACAGGACAGUCAGUUGCAGCAGCUGCACCACGUGGAGUACCUAUGGCAGGGUUAACCCGCCCUCAAGGACCUGGUCCUAUUCCACAGCAGGGUCGCCCAGCAGCCUAUCCUGCUGGAGCCAGACCUCCAAUGACAGGACAGCCUGGCCGCCCUAUGCCCCAGGAACUCUUCUUUCAGAGCCAACAAUCGGUGGUUAUCCCUGGUCAAGACCCAUUGACAGCCAGUAUGUUAGCAGCAGCCCCACCACAAGAGCAGAAACAGAUGUUAGGAGAAAGAUUGUUUCCCCUUAUCCAGCGCAUGUAUCCAGAGCUGGCAGGCAAAAUCACUGGAAUGUUGCUCGAGAUAGAUAACUCUGAGCUUCUCCACAUGUUGGAGUCUCAGGAAUCUCUUAAACUGAAGGUGGAAGAGGCUGUAGCUGUACUUCAAGCUCAUCAAGCCAAGGAAAAUGCUGCAGCUAAAAAGGACUAAAUUGCGGUAGAGGAUUCGGUUUGCCUAGAAAUAUGACGGUUCCUUUCUGGCAUCUCUUGAUGCUGUGACUUUUUUCCCUCAUUUUUGACUGGGUUUUAAUUUUACUUUCUUUAACAGUUCUAAUUAGAUGUUUGAGGUUGUGAGUUUUCUGGUUUGUCAGCAUUGUAAAAUAAGGUAGGGAAUACAAACUGUAUUUGUUCAACCUUUUAAAGCAUAAUCUUGUAGUAGAGUUGCUGGUGUUUUUGCAUAUUUCUUUUAGUUUACUGUUAUUUUCAGUAGCCAGCAAGUUAAAGGUAGUCAUGUGAUUAGUUUCAUUAUCAUUGUAAAAAUGAUUUUGCCAUCAUUUACAGUAGCAUUGUAUCCAGGCACAUUUCUUGUAUCUUAUGUUAUCAGACUAGUGAUUUAUCUCUUUUUAGUCUAAUGAGGGAAAUAGAUACAAUAGCAAAGGUAAUUGUAAUGUUAAAUGGCCCUUCAUUGACUAUGGAAGUCUCACAAAUUUUUUUUUUGUUCAUGAGCCACGGUUUCAUAACUCAUGUUAUUAUUGUUUGUAUGGUUAAUUAUUUUUCCUCCUGAAAGAAUUGCCAAAUAGCUUAUGUAUUGUUUUUGUGCUAAUUGCUGCUCAACUUAUGGUUUAUCAGAAUAGUUGGUUCCUACAUUACUGGUAAUACUUGUCAGAAUGGCCAUUUGGCUGAUACAUCAGUUAACAUUGAACAGCAUAUAGUAUUAUAACAAUGUUUUUGGCUGUAAGUCUAGUCGUACUUACAAGAGCUAGACACCAAUAUUUGAGCAAAUAUUUCUUCCUUCCGACCGAGUUAGGACAAACAUUGCUGUUGCUGUGGUGCGCCCACAUAUACAUACUCUACCUGGAGUAUGAUUGUUCAUACAGCUCUUAGUCCACUGAGACCAAGAUAAAACAUCAAGCUGUCAUUAUGACAAUACCUGCUUGAAAAUUUGUUUUGCUGGACUAAGCAGCGGAUUUUGUUAUUCACAGGAGAAUAACAAUGCUCUCUUUGAAUAAUAAAACAAUUGUUUUUGGAGUUGUGCAGUUAAAAAAAAUAAAAAAAAUAUACAAUAGAUUUGCGCAACUGCAUUUUUUAUAUGUACACUGUAUACAUUAACUAAAGUAUAAAAAAUAGUAAAAUAAUAAAAAUGUAACCUAAAAAAAUAUCAUUGGUAUGCUCAUUGUCUUCUUUCUGGUACGGCUGGUCUUACCAUUUUGGUUUAUUGGAGUGAUUAAAAACUUUAUUUAAUAAAAUUUCAGUUUUCAUUGA